AUGGGUUCCAUCCAAGUCGAUUUCAAGAACCCCGCCACCACAACUCUCCUUGAGCUGGCCAAGUCCCGCCGCACAUACUAUGAUCUGAAGGCCGAGAGCCCUAUCUCCGACGAUGCCAUUGAGGCAAUAGUCCAGGAUUCUGUCCUCCAUGUCCCCAGCUCUUUUAACACCCAGACUUCCCGUGUAGUUCUUCUCCUGAAGGAAGAACACAGAAAGGUGUGGGACAUUGCUAUCAAUGCUAUAGAAGAGCUGGUUGCUGCUGGUCAGGUUCCUAAGGAGGUGUUUGAGACCCAAACCAAGCCUAAGCUGAAUGCAUUCCGCGCUGCUUAUGGAACUGUUCUCUUCUUUGUCGACUAUGACUCCCUGGCUUCGAUUAAAGAGAAAUUCUCUCUAUAUGCCGACAAAUUCGAUCCUUUUGCCAUGGAGUCGAAUGCCAUGACUCAGUAUCUCGUCUGGGUCGCCCUCGAAUCCGAAGGUUUUGGUGCCAAUCUCCAGCACUAUAAUCCUCUGAUUGACGAGCAGAUUCAAAAGACUUGGGGCUUACCCACCUCAUGGAAGCUUGACGCACAGCUAGUCUUUGGUGUUUCUACCACGGACCCGGGUGAGAAGACUUUUACUCCCCUUGAAGGUCGCCUUAAGGUCUUCGGAAAGUCCCAGUGA